AUGGACUCUCAUACUAUGGGUCGAACUCUUGUCGAGAUAGGCUUCGAGGGGUUUGAAGCAAAGGAGAAGACCACUUGGAUACACAACAAAGGUGUUAGGGAUGUUUUAGAGGAACAUCUUGAUAGAUUCCCGCCAUUUGAUAGACAUAUUCGCUCAAGACUGUUCUCAUACGGUCCAGACCUUGAACACGAUCAAAAAUUAGUGCUUUCAAAAAGUUUUGAUUUUAAUGGAUUUGGCAAUUUUCCUAAGAUCUUUGAUCAUCUAAAAUCUGGUUCGACCAUCGAUUACGAGACUGUUUUCAGAAGACAUAACUGCCAGUGUUUAAGAUGUUCCAAGGAUGUACCUACACCUUGCGGGCGGGUGCUUUUAGACGUUACUUUGGGCUACUUCGUGCAGGAACCCACUAAGGCAGAUUAUGAUGAUGAGAACACUUCCAGCGCAGAGUCGGGUUCAAAAACAAUAAAACCACUCAAGAGAGAGUUCUCAUUUGCUGGUGAUAAAAUCCACUUUCCGGGAUCUGGGGAAUUCGAAAUGGCCUUGAUAAAUCUUCGGAUGGUGUGUUAUCAAGACUCACAAGGGGUUGGACGCUUAGAAACGUUUCGUUUUGGGCCAGCAAAACAACCCGAGGUGCAUCAAACGCCAAUGGCCUACGUGAUGUCGGAGGUAAAGUUGUUAGAUACAAAUUGGAACGAGAUCAUCCGUAAAUGCAGGCGGAUCUUGUCAGGAUUGAAUCGGGGGGUCUUAGAGGAUGACAAAUUUCAAGAUAGAAAGCUAGUUCGGAAAAUGGUUAAAUAUGCCAAAACCUUUGAGCAGCUCCAUCGCGUCUACCAACAACAAUCGGAAGCAUUGCAUGAUAUGAUUUCAAACCUUUCAGAGAAUGAAAUUUGGUUCGACAUCAGUCGGCCUCCUACAGAGCCUAUCCCCCCCAGAAGUCAACAAGGAAACCAAUCGCGAAAACCCACAGAUUUUACUGUAGCCGAUUUCUCUUCUCUAAGUCCUCCUACAUUAACUGAGCAACAGCAUCCGCAACAACCACGAAAAAAGCUCAAACAGAUCAAGGACAUGGAGAAGAUUCUGUUCAAGUUCGACAAGAUUGGAAAGACUAUCGAAGACCAACUCCUCAGAGAGACUCGGGAUCUUAUCGAAAGAACACAUAAUAUUAUAUCCAUCGACGAGGCUUACAGGUCAAGAGAUAUGAAUGAAAGUGUCAAAAGAUUGAGUUGGAUAACUUUUAUAUUCUUACCACUCUUAUUUGUUGCGAGUUUGUUCGGAAUGAACAUCAACAUAUUAGAAAACAACCCAGGCUGGUUUUAUUAUCUAGAAAUUGCGAUACCGAUGUUUUUCUUCAUCAUGAUUGCAGUUGCGUUCUUGAAGCAUUGGAAAAGCUUACGGGACCCCCAAACCUGGCACAACCUUUUGAUAACCCGCAAAAAGGUCAAUAAAAUGAUUGCUCCUGUAAAGGCCGUCCGAAAAAGUCUAUUUGUCCGAGAGAAAGUGUAUGACUUGGAGCAAGGAUUUGCGAAUGGGAGAGAUGAACAAUUGAUUGCGGCAAUUGACGCUGGUGAUGGGGAUCUAAUAAAGGAGUUGUUGGCUCGUACUAAUAAAAAUACAAAUAUGCCAGUUCGAGCAUUAGUACGAGGACACUGUGAGGGAGCAGAGCGAUUCAUCGAACACCGAGAUAGUACCACGGCACCGACGAGCGGACGAACACCUUUGCAAGCAGCGGCAGCAAGCGGUAGUAUAGGAACUGUUACCCGCUUACUCGAGCUUAAACAAGAUGUCAACGCGCCACCAGCCAACAAUGACGGUCGUACGGCCCUACAAGCGGCGGCAGAGAAAGGGCAUAUACAUGUUGUUGUGCUACUUAUUCAGUACAGGGCCAAUGUAAAUGCGGCAGCAGGGAUGGUUGGUGGACGAACCGCUUUACAAGGGGCAGCAGGGGGAGGACAUUUGGAGAUAGUUGAAACGCUACUUAACAAUGGGGCGGAGUGCAACAUAGCUCCCGCAGAGUUCAAUGGACGAACGGCAUUACAAGCCGCAGCAGAGAAUGGGUGGGUUGAUAUUGCUAGGAGACUCGUUGAUUCGGGAGCUCGUGUAAACGCAGCGCCUGGGAAGCAUGGAGGACGUACAGCCAUUCAGGCAGCUGCCGAGGGUGGAAAUCUGGAAAUGUUCAAGCAAUUGUUGAGAAUUGAGGCCGACUUCAACGCAGCCCCGGCCCACACGAAUGGACGCACAGCACUACAGGCGGCAGCAGGAAGGGGGCACUUGGAGAUUGUCAAUAUACUUCUCAAUCAUGAGGUUGAUUGCAACGAGCAGCCAGCACCCGUGGACGGUCGUACAUCAUUACAAGCAUCGGCUGAAGGAGGCUAUUUAAAUGUGGUACAGCUCUUACUCGAGUCUGGGGCCGAUCCUAACGCAGCUCCAUCUAAAGAAAAAGGGUGUACAGCACUACAGGGAGCAGCAAGAAAUGGACAUGAGGAGAUUGUUAAGCUUUUGAUCAGCUAUAAAGCCAAGGUGACAGAGGAGGAAGGCUCAGCAGCAUUACAAGCAGCCGCAAGUGGAGGCCACCACGAAAUCGUCGAGAUAUUGAUCAGUAACCAAGCUCCAAUCAACUACUUGGGAUGCGGUAAUGUCUUACAAGCCGCAGCCCAUGAGGGGCAUCAGCAUGUGGUUGAGCUGUUAAUUAGCAAGGGGGCUGAUAUUACUGCAACUUCAACUGCAAUGGGUGGAGUAAAUACAGCAUUUAUGGCAGCCAUAGAAAAAGGACAUCGUGGGAUUGUUAAGUUACUGAUGGAGAAAAACGAAAAUUCCUACGACCUACCGGACGCCCUUCUAUUAGCAGCCAUGAAGAAACAGGAGGACAUUAUAUCCCUCUUGAUAAAACAGGAAGCCGAUAUAGAUCAGAUCGGAGUAAACGGACGUACAGCACUUCAAAUGGCGGCCGGGAAAGCACAGAAAGAAACAAUGCAAAUACUGAUACAAAAAGGAGCGAAGGUAAACACACCAGCCGCGCUAGAAGGGGGCCGCACAGCAAUCCAGGCAGCCGCGGAAGGCGGGCACAAUGAGAUAAUUGAGUUUUUGAUUAAGGAGGGAGCUACCAUCAGUGUUGUCAACGACUUACCAGCAACCAACGGCGGACGGACCGCUCUCCAGGCAGCAGUGGAAGGUGGAAAUAUUGAAACGAUCGAGCUAUUGAUCAGCAAGAAGGCCGAGAUUAACGCCGCACCAGCACCACGAAACGGUCGUACUGCAUUACAAAUUGCUGCAGGGAGUGGAAAGACAAGACUGGUGAUGCAGUUGAUCAAUGAGGGAGCAGACGUCAACGCAGCAUCGGCGAUAGUAAAUGGUCGGACGGCGCUCCAGGCGGCCGCAGAAGGGGGAUACAAAGCAACUGUUGAGCUCUUGAUUAGGGAGGGUGCUGAGGUUAACGAAGUACCUUCAGCAAACAACGGGCGUACAGCGUUACAAGCGGCUAUUGAAGGAGGGAAUAGGGAGACUGUUGAUCUAUUGAUCAGUAACGGUGCAAACGUGCACGCGGCGCCGGCAGAUGAGAAAGGGUUCACCGCACUCCAAAUCGCAGCAAAAUGUGGAGAUCAAAAACUAGUCAAAUUGUUGAUCGAGAAGAAGGCCAAUGUAAACGCCGCGCCGGCAGCAUACGGGCUCACAGCAUUGCAGGCUAGUGCAAUAGAAGGGCAUCUUGCGAUUGUACAAUUGCUGCUAGAAAAGGGAGCAGAUAUCAAUGCAGCGCCAGCAGCAAAGGGUGGAUUAACAGCUUUGCAAGCCGCUGUAAAAGGCGGUUACAUGGGCAUCAUACAACUGCUAAUAGACAAAGGGGCUGCCAUCAAUGCCGCGGCAGCAGAGAUGGGGGGACGAACAGCCUUACAGAUUGCUUCAGAGAAGGGAAACAUGGAGAUUUUUAACUUCCUACUGGAAAAUAAGGCAGAUGUGGACGCCAUGCCGGCAACAUAUGAUGGGCAGACAGCAUUGACAGCUUGUGUUGAAGGAGGUCAUAUGGGUAUCGUCAAGAUAUUACUGCAUAUGGGAGCAAAUGUCAACACUCCGUCAACAAGUGAUCGUCGUACAGCUCUCCAAAUCGCGAAAGAACGUGGGUUCGCGGAUAUUGCUCAGCUGCUUAUCGAGAAAGGAGCCAUUCUCGAUACUAUACCUAUAACGGUCGAUGAACAUCCCACGAAGGAGGGAAUCGAGGAGAUCGAAAAUCCUCCCACCAUGCAGAUUGAGAGAGGACAAUUGUUGCCGGGGGGAGCCCUCGAUGGCAGAAGACACCGGAUAGGAAUGAGAGUGAAGAUGGGAAUGAAGCGAGAGAAAUCGUCAGGGACUUCUGGAGAUUUACAAGGGGAGCCCGAGGCUUUGACCCAGCAAAAGAGGGCAUCGACAUCAGGGAGUGCAUUGGGUAUAAAGCCGGAGAUGCCAGUACCUGAUGAUGGCCGAGGGCAUAGGGGAAGUAUGUCGAUGUCUGGGGGAUUGCGGCGGGAUGCCUCGAGGACUUCUAGUAAAGUAGGGAACUCAUGA